AUGAUUCGAGGUGACGUCAGUCGGGCGUGGCUACGCAGUGCGGCUCCGUCAACCCUAACAGACUGCAGCUUCGCAGCCAUGUCUGAGAACAAUAACAACGGGGAGGAGCCCGUCUUGCACGGUUCAUGGGUGGAGCUACAAAUGAACGGCAACGGAAAUAACAAUGACAGCAACAGAAAUGGAGGACUGGAACAUGUGCCAUCGUCCUCCUCGAUCCACAAUGGAGACAUGGAGAAGAUUCUACUGGAUGCUCAACACGAGUCUGGACAAACUAGUUCAAGAAGCAGCUCUCAAUGUGACAGUCCCUCACCUGAAGAAGGACAGAUCACAUUUGACGUGGAGAUGCACACGAGCAGAGACAGUUUCCAGUCUGAAGAGGAAGUAGCUGAUGGAGAGAAUGAGGUAGAUGUUCUAAAGAAAAGCACAGAUUGGGUGUCUGAUUGGUCAAGUAGACCUGAAAAUAUUCCCCCAAAGGAGUUCCAUUUUCGCCACCCCAAACGAUCAGUGUCUUUGAGUAUGAGAAAGACUGGUGCCAUGAAGAAAGGUGGUAUCUUUUCUGCAGAGUUCCUGAAAGUUUUCAUCCCCUCUCUGUUCAUCUCCCAUGUUCUGGCUCUGGGACUGGGUAUUUACAUUGGUAAAAGAUUGACCCUCUCAUCUGCCAGUUCCUACUGAAGGAGCAUGAUCUGGAAUCUAAUUUGUGAUCCUGUGAUGGUGUGUUCCUGUCACAUUUGUGCAUUUGAACUUUGCACCAUGUUAAGCAUGAUUCAAAGCACCCGCUCCCCUUCACCCUGAUUCUUAAACCCGGGAUCCCCCUCUGACUACCAUGUUAAGUCAGAGCACUAAUCCCCCUUCGUGAAAUACUUGUGUCACUGAGCAGAGGACAACUCGUCUCUUGGUAAUUCAGUUGGGAGCCAGCAGCAGUGCUUGCCUGUGAAAGGAGACCCCAAAUGGAUAAAGCAGUGCUCCUGCAGGGGACAGGAAGACCACUUGAUGUAGACAUGAAAUGUGUCGGGACAGGUCCCUGCUGCAAAGCCUUGCUACACCACCUCUGACUUUUAACCCUUAAACGUUUUCUUCUGCAGUACCCAAAGACACCAGUAUGAGCAGAAGAGAAGUCUGUGAGUCAGGCACCAAAGCCUAUAUUGCAAGUUGCAUAUAGAUCGGGCAACUUGUAGGGAUAUUUAGCAUUGAAGUAUUGCAUAUAUCAAAUUAAAAUAAUCAACAACUGGGGUAUAUUUACAUGCAGUCUUAAGUCUCUCCAAACACAAUUAAAAAUGAAUUAUGGGGGUUUUUUUUUCUUCUAAGUUUGGAUAAAUAUUUUGGUUGAGUCUGCUAGGCACGUUUUAGCUUUUCCCAUAUUCCCGUAGUACAAAGAUUGUGUAUCUAAAGAAAUAAAAGCUCAGCCACACCUAAUUGAGAAUGUUGCUAAUCUUUCUAAUGCAGGCAGAGAGAUCUGCUAUUUUAGAGUACAGGCAUCUCAUAUUAAAACACAUCUCAGAUUCUCAUGCACACUCAUUUUUAGUGCAUUUCAUUAGCUACUUUGAUGAUUUUACAGCCUACAUAUUAAAGUGAUGGCAGUGUUAUUCUGCUGCUAACUAUGUAAAAACCCUAUAACACUGAAUUUAAUAUAUCUAAGGGGUGCGGUGAGAACUACAUCUAACAUGAAAAUGUACACUAUGUAUCACUUUUAAAUCUCUGUUAAGAUUUUGUUGGUACAGUAGGCAGAGCCACUAGUGACCUCUAAACAGGAUUUGUUUGAUGCAGUACAAUUAAAUUGCUACAUUUGUUACUGACCUAGUAGACUAGAGAUUGUUUACGCCUAACACUGCUUUGUUUUUGUUUAAAGUGUUUAUCCUUUUUAUGCAGCUUUAUGGUCCGACCUUUCUCCAUGUCUCAAUGUACAAUAUCAGGUUUUGGCAUACUUUCUUUUUGUUUAAAUGUGAAUUUUUAGUGUUAAGCUAUCAUGUAUCCAUCAAGUUUGGGCACAUGGGAAGAUGUGAAUCUUAUGAUUCACAUAACUUAGUCUGAAAGUCACCAUAUCUAAUGCUUAUAGAUUGGACAUAGAAAUUGUUUAGAAAAUUGAACAUGGGAAAAAAAAUAAAAAAAAAUAAAUGUUGUGACACAUAAACAUUGUAUUUUGGCACCUACUGCAGUUUAUAGUGUUAAAAAAAAACAAAAACAAAAAAAAAACUGAUAUUCUCAGUAACCCUUACUCAGCAGGUAAGUGUGUUGAAGGAGAAAUAUAUGGGAAGCUGAGAUUGGCCAACUACCAGAUCUACAGCUAGCAUCCAGCCACAAUGAAUUGUUGUAAACAGACAAGGGACUGAAACAUGUAAAAUCAUGGCUCAUUGAUGAUGAUGAAUUUGUUUUAUUUAUUUUUUAACCACAGAUCAAGUAAUGAUAUCAUGUGAAGGCUAUUAAAGCCCUAUAAAAGCUGUGACCUAUGUAUCACCCUCACGUUGAAGCUUGCACUUAGUUUUGAUUCAAGCGCUAGAAUUUACCUUUGCGGUAUUAUAUUAUGUGUCAUUGGAUAAAAGCCUGGGCCUAGCAUUAUUUUGCAUUUUUUUUAUGACCAGGAGAUCAUCCUUUUCAAACAGUAUAAUCUGCAUGCACUAUGAGUGUCUGGAUUCAAGGGCCAGUAGUCACAAUAGAAGAGAAUGAUGACACUGUGAUAAGAGAGAUAUCUGUAUGCUUCUUCCAGACAAAGGCUGGACAGCCAAUCGUGAUACGCCAAGUACCUUUGUUUCCAUAGCAGCAGAAAAAAAGUUGUAUUUGUGUGUUUUAAAUACAUUUAAUAAAAUUGAAAAAAGAAUAAAAUUACAGAUCACCUAAACAUUAUUUGCAUAACAUGCUACUGCCUAUUAGGUAAGUGGACAUUAGUUUUAUUGCAAGUAACCAAACCCUACCCCCACCACCCACAAAACAUCUGUAUCAUUUUUCUAUAGGUGCAACUCUUCAUUUUAAUGCCGGCUUCUCAUGCUAAAUUUCACAGCAGUGCUUAAACAAUCUGACAUUUAGAAAUUGUUUUAGAAAAUUAGUCUUAGAAGAGAAGCUUUUCAAGUUGUCAUCUCUGAUUUGAUUUGUGCUUAGACACCAUGCAUAAGAUAUUAGGACAUUUAAAGUGAUAGUAAAGCUUUAAACUCCGAAAGUUCUACUUUAAAUGCAUUUUGGCGUCAAAAUAUGUGGCAAUGUUUUAAGCAUGUUUGUCACAUUUCAGACUACAUUUCAGAGGGAUUAAAAGUGAACUUGGUGAGAUUUUAGAAUGCCUUUGAGUUACUGACUUGUACAAACCUUUUUAUUUUUUUUAUUUUUUUGUGUGUGUGUCUAAUUUCAAAGAGCAGUUCCUUUAUUUGCAACAUUGAUAACUACAAAUAGCAGCAGUAUUGAUGAUUCUUUUCCUCCCAAUAGUUUUCAGUAGAAAGCCUGUAUAGGAGCAGGUUGUAUAUAUUCAGUACUUUACUAUCACUUUAAAUAUUUAAACUGGAAUAACUUGAUUUUAGUUUUGCUGUAGCACAGGUGGUUCGAUUAAAUAUAGAUUAUUUCACUCCCCAACAAUUAGAGCGGUAUGGAUUAAUUUCCCCUAAUUUCAAUUUGAAAAGUGCUUGAGAUUAACCAGUUUACAAAUCUCCCCAGCACAGUUUGUAUUGCUAUCUCUGCUGGUUCAGAGGAUGUGGUGGCAAAUACCUCAUACUACGUAGACAUUAGUUUGCUCUUCCCGGCAAAAAAAACUCAGGUUCAAGACAUAGCAAUGGUGCUCUCUUUGCAUCAUCGCUUAGUUAAAAAUUUCAAGUGCACUUUAUCUGUCUUUACUAGCAUAGUUCACAAAAUGCCACUGCAGCUUUGGACCCGGAAGCUCAAGACUUCUAAAGCAGAGACUGUAUACAAAGAUCUCUUAAGUUAUAACUUUACAUCUUCUAGAAUAGGUUUGCGAAAACUGGAUUCAAUCCCACUGCCACUUAGUGAAUCAAUUACUUUAUUAUUGUUUCAGGUGUAUUGUUAAACGUUAUAAAGGAAUAUCCCUGAAACAUACCAGACAUUGCUGGUUUUCAGAGUUUAACAAAUAGGUCAAUUGAAAGUAUAGCCGAGUCUGAAAUUAUUUUUCGGUUUAGCUCUUGUCCUAAAAUUCAGAAUUUUUCGGAAUAAUUCCCUGAAGUGCCCAUUUUAGUAAAUGACCAUUUGAGUUUCCAUAGCCAUUAGUCUAGCAUUAUUUUAUCAACCCUGGAAACUUCCCCAUUUCUUCUCUAAGAAGCAAUAAACAGAAUUAUUGGGAAUUGCCAAGGCUAAUCAAAGGUUUCACCUGGAAUUACAUUGUGAGACCAAUUCCCUACAUAAAUCCUGGCUAUUUCCCCUUGGAAAACUAUCUACCCAGUAAAAAUCUGCCUAAUGUGAAUUUAUCCCAAAGUAUUUUUGUCACAGUUACGUGGAUGCCUGAUAAACCACUUUAAUGGGGUUUAAAGCUACAAAUAUUCAAACAGAAUUCACUGUUAUGCAUAUGCCAGUGAGAACCACAAUUUUUAACUGUGACCGGAAUUGUGUGAUAAUUAUUCUUCAUUAAAUUGUUCUCCUCAUUCUGUCUAGUCAACAGACAAAGAGGUAAGUUAUUAGUUAUUCCAUCUAGUAUUCUGUUGCUCUAUCCUUUUCAUAGGUAAAAUAGUCCCUCAAUUACAGUUACUUCAAAAACAGCACAAAUUAGAACUAGUGUUUUUUUCUUUUUUUCUUAUAGCUAGUAGCUAAAGGUUUAUAGUCGACCAGACUACUUUAGUAUAUAAUCAUUAGCUGUAACUGGCUUAGUUCCUGAAAAUAUAACGGAGUCAGCAAUAACUGUUCUGAUAAAGGAACUUAUACUCAUAAGUCUAAAUAUAUGAUUAUGCUUGUGCUGUACUAACUACAUUCGUUUGUUUAGGCUAAUCACCCCAAAACCAUUACAUGCAUAUCACCUGGACAAGUAAGUUUAGAUCAAGUAUUACCUAAUUUCAUAACAAUAGUGAUGUUGAAAUGCAAUCUACUUGUUAGGGUUAUAUGUAUGUUGUUUGGUUUCUAUAUUUUUUAUUAAAUAUAGUUCAUAUGUGAUUACUCACUCUGGCUGUGAGGAGGUAGUUUUAUUGCACAAAUGAGCAGAACAGUGACAUUUUAAAUAAAAUGAAAUCUAUGUCUGCUCAAAAAAAUAUAAUCCAAGAAACCUAGCUACAGCUAAACAUCCUUAGAAUAUGUAACUGCAUAUUCUACUGCAGGUAGUAAGUCAAAUUUAAAAAGAAGGGUACAGUUUUCAUUUAUGAAGCCCAAAUUCUGAUGGGUAUGUAUUAGACUACAUUGUUUUAAAGAUGUUAACCUUUUCACUGUAACAUUAACCCUUUCACUGUAGUGUAGUAUUUGUUCAUUAAAUGACUGAUACCAUAAUGGGGGUUCUGUAUAAAGAAAAAAAAAUCUGGAACAAAGUUCUAAAAGUGGAUCAAUCAGCAGGGAUAUUCUAUCCGUUUCCAUGGUGAUUGCUGCAAAAUUAUUCUUUAUAACGAAGCUCCAUUGUACAACUCGACGUGUUCGAGCAGAGUCAAUGUUAUUGCUCUAAGAAUAAAGCUACAUAGCUUGGAUGAUAUGUGUUUUCCAGGAACAUUGUACAUGUUUACAGGACCGAUAGAACAACCCUUUCAGGACCAGAGUUAAGCAAAUCCUUGAUUAUUAUGACAAGGAUGUUAAACAAUGAGUCCUGAUUGGGUUAAAUGAGAUCAUUAGUUUCUGCUCUCAGAAGUAGACUGGAGCCUGGUUGUGUAGCAUAAAUGACAGUUCAAAUGGAAAUUGAUAAUGCUGUACCCAAGGGAAAUAGGGGUUGUGGCAUAUAAACUGAUUUGAUCUAUGCUGUUUGACAAACUCCAAUAUGCUCCUUUGUGACCUAGAUAAGAGAACAAUUGAAAGUUGUUUCCUAGUAGCAUUUUUAUAUGUAUUUGUAUAUACAUGUUUAAAGCUAGUGACUAUGAGGUUUUACAUGAGUUGGCCCUUAAAGUGCUAGACUUCAACUCAGUGGCACUUAAAGGGUUAAACCAUACCGUGUGAUUCAUUUAUUGAAGUAGAUCCUUGCAAAAUGAUACUGUUUCCAGAAAAUGCCUAAGUUGUAGCUGUAAUCAUUUUGUACCAUUAAAGCUCUCACAAAUGUG